AUGGGGUCGGUGAACGGGCAGUGGAUUACAUACCUGAUGAAUUCUGUGUAUACUUGGUGUCGUGAUCACCGGCUCCAUCAUCGUUACUCCGACACGGAUGCCGAUCCUCACAACUCAAAGCGUAGCUUCUUCUUCUGCCAUAUCGGCUGGCUCAUGCAUAAGAAACAUCCGUAUGUUAAAAAAUUUGGCAAGAUUAUCGACUUGAGCGACUUGCAAAACGAUUGGAUGGUGAUGUUUCAGAAAAAGUAUUACAAAAUCUUGUACCCGAUAUUGGCAAUAUUAUUCCCAGUCUGGGUCCCAGUGCGUUACUUCGGUGAGACUUGGUGGAACUCUUUAUUAGUCAGUUACUUUGCUCGCUACGUAUGUCAGUUGCAUGGUACCUGGUGUGUCAAUAGUGUUGCACACCUCUACGGCACAAGACCAUAUGAUAAAAAUUUACAAGCUGUGGAAUCAUGGUUUGUGUCCUUUUUAAGUCUAGGCGAGGGUUGGCACAACUACCACCACGCGUUCCCCUGGGACUACAAAGCGGCUGAGUUGUCAAUGCACUUCAAUCUGUCUGCCAGUAUCAUACGAUUCUUUGAAAGGAUUGGAUUGGCUUAUCAUUUAAAAUCUGCAUCUGCUCAUAUAGUUGCUAGCCGUAUAAAAAGAACAGGUGACGGCACUCACCACAAGAUGGGCACAGAAGAAGCACGCACGGCAGUGACAGCGUGGGGUCCAUUGCACCCACUCAACCCGACCUACACCACCACACUCAAGACCCCAGACGCCAUUCUCAAACCCGAAGAACCAUCACUCUACCAAUGA